GUACGAAUCCUACUAUGGCAUGGCGCGCCAUUUGAAGACCGACUGGCUCCAUACCAGUCCUCUCGAGAUCUCGCCAGCCGGGCGCGCUGGCGGCGGCGCGGCGGUCACCGAAAACCAGCUUGAUUCACCGAGCAUACCGUAUAACGAUGCCGAGCGAGAGACAGGAGGAUUGUCAGUCACUUUUCAGUGAAAACCAGGACUUUUAAGAAUAAGAGUGUAUGAAAGAUAACUGGACAUCGAAUUUCUUGAGAGGUUAAGAUAAUGGCGGCUCCGUCCAAUCAAAGCACGGACGAUGAGAAGGAUAUAUCAUCGAGCAUCACAAAGAAGGUUAUGGGAGACUCCCUGCAUGAAUAUGAAACGCAGUAUUUCGGCUUCACACCAAAAUCAUUUAUAGAUGGAGUAUACAAUGCUGUUGCUGACUAUCUGUAUGACAGUGUAGAUGCUGCUGACAAAUAUAUUGCUUCUGAGAGCCAGCAGGGAAGGCAUCCUGUAUGUGAAGAAGCAGUUAGAGAGUCUUCUGACAGAUUACUAGCCCAUCUUCAACUAGUCUUUGACAAGGCUUUUGACAGACUGGAGACAUACCUGAUUAAGAACAUCUUUCCUAUCCCGUCUCAUGUCGUCUUACCCGAAGAUAAGAUUCAUAAAGAACUGACCCCGACGGAAUCGGAUGAAGUUAAACUUGAUACAGAGCUGGAGGAACUUCGACAGAGAAUACUUGAUGCACAAUAUGUGAAUGCUAGACUUGAGCAGUGGUCUAAUACCGUCAAACAGAUUCAAAACCUCUUGGAUGAUUUGCUGACCCAAAUGGAAGACUACCAAAAAAUUUGCAUCCAGGAAAAUGUUGCUGAUUUGAAAGAGUCUAUCGUUUUCAUGGCAACCAGAGCGGAGAAGCUACUCGAUCUGUCUCAGACAUUACACCUUAACAGUGUUACCAGUUCAAAGAAACGAAGAUUCGAGGAUGAUGAUGAUGCAAGCAUUCCAGCAAAGAUGAGUCACCAGAGUGGAUCCCCCUGAAUGGUACAAAUCUUAUCUAAUCUUUUCUUUUAUAAUAGCAUGUUUAGAACUACUUUAAUUCAGUCAAGUGCAUGCUAAAAGAUUUGUUGUUUGUCCUCAAAGGACAUAUUUCAUAUUUAUUGGCCCUGUAGGUCUUGGCCAUGACAUGAAGGAGCUUUGGUCUUGCUCGACGGGAUGCUUCAACAUCAAUGACGUUGCUGAUUGAACCGCAUGCAUGUGCAUCAACUCUGGGUUUUUUUUUCUCUCUGACAUAUGAAGGAAAAAUGAUUGAAAUUAUACAUUAGAAUCUAGCAAGUAACUAUUUUGUGAUAUGUAAAGACACCAUAUACACAUCAACAGAAUUCAUUUUGCAUGUCGGGACACUUUAAAGUUCAACUUGAUAAACUUGCUACAUAUUUAGUGCCUUCAGGAUUUUGAUGUUGAAUUCAUUUCUCUGCUUCAUUGUGUCUACUGAGAAAGAUCUCUGAAUUUUUAAUGAAGUCUCCUAUGAAUGGUAAUGUUAAUAAACUUACAUUUUUGGAAUUGGGGAUAUUAAAUAGUACAUUGUUAUCAUUUCAUUGGUGACAGCAAUCUUCAAUUUUUUCAGUUAUUUUUGUUUAUCCAUUUUUAAACUAUCAUGUAUUUGGACUAUUUUCCAGAUAGAAUUGUAACAUUACAAGGUUUUUUUUUUUAACAACUUUGUUUAUUCUGUGUUGUAAUCAUAAACAUAAUAUGAAGUGUGAUUUAAUUUUCACUAUGUUGCAACACAUGAAAUGACACACAAUACACACUCUGAGUUAGCUGUAUAAUUAUUUCAUUGUAGUAUUUUAUUAUCAUAUUAUGCUACACACAUACUAUAAUAUUGCAAUAAUGGACUAAAGUUACUCAAUACAAGCCCCAUUUGUACAUGCCUUUAAGCUAAUCAACCAUGUUUACCCUAAUACAUUUUUUCAAUACAAGAUAGGAGAGGGGGGGUCAUACAUUUGGGAGUGGAAGCAGAGAUGGCUACGUUUAGGUAAGCACUGUGAGAAUGGGAGAAGAAAAUAUGCUUGUGGCAGAAAUUUUCCCAUUUUUAAUACGUGACGCAUCUAUAUAGUGUAAAUAACGUUCUACAUUUACUUUUCGAAACCCUCGUAACGAGAGAGUAUAGAAAGCAAAAUAUACUCUGUAUGAAUUAUUUAACAUUGAAAUGGGGUGAAUUAUAAGUUAAAGUUGAUAAGCUUAUUUCAUAUGAUUAUAUUUCAACAGGUCACUUUAAAGGCCAAUUAAGGCACCUUUAAUACCAGAAAGUCAGAUUCAUGACUUUUAUACAGGAAUCCUGCAAGAAUCCUCUUUGAUAUAUACUUUAUAUCUUUGAAUUGAAAAGGCACUCUGCAUCUUUUUGAGCUCCUUUCCAAUAUUCCCCAUUAUCUAUCAUGAAAAUAUUAUCUCUGAAAAUUUCAUGUAGAAUAUUGAUUUAAAAUCGACACAAACUACAUACUUAGUUGACAUUGUAGAUAUCCUUGUAAUAUAACUUGUAGAAAGAAUGUAGCAGCUUUAUUAUAUAUGGAAGUAAAUUGUAAUUAAAAUGUUUUUAUAUAUAUGA